AUGGGUGAAGGUCUGCUGGAUUUGAGGUCUCAGCUUGGAUUUUACAAGUUUUAUCACCACAACCCUAGGAACGUUUUGAUCCACUCCAUAUUUGUUCCUACCAUCCUAUUCAGUGGUUGCUGUAUGCUCCACAGGGUCAAAAUAUAUCAGGGCAUUUCAUUGACUGCCGUGCUAAGCGUUUCAUUUUCCAUAUUUUAUUGCCUUUUGUAUUUCCCUACAGGACUAUUAGCAGGAGUUCUUUUACUUUUAUUAAAUCUUGCAUUGAUCGAUCGCAGGGUCGAUUUAACAUUUAAGCAGGAACUGAGUUUGUUUGUUAUUGGUUGGAUUUUCCAGUUUGUUGGCCAUGGCGUCUUUGAGAAGAAGAGGCCGGCAUUGGUUGACAAUCUAGUUCAGAGCUUGGUGCUGGCGCCGUAUUUUAUAAUGUUCGAGUUCCUUUUCAAAUUGGGUUUCAUGCCUCGGUUAAAGGCAACCCUCGAGCAUGAUCUUGAAAUUAAGCAAAGAAAUUCGCGGAAGCAAAAACAAUGA